AUGAAAAACAGCGGGCUUCGUCACGUGGCUGCGCUUCGCCACCAGUCGCAGGCGGGUUCUUCUCUCUAUUUGAACCCCCAUAAAUGGCAAGGCUUGCCCGCCGACCGGGUGUUCGAAUUGCACGAAAUGCGCAAGACGGCCUUGGGCGAGAAGUACGCGCCCAAUGACGCCGAACGACAGGCGAUUUUGGCCACGUACGCGGAGUUGAAGGUGGCGUCGCCAGCGUUGGCGUACAGCUACGAAAUCGACAAUUUUGCCGAGAGAGUCAUGAACAACACGCCUGUGGCGCUCAGGGGCCUUCCCAAGAAGUACUCGAAUGUGCCCGUUUUGGACAAGGGCGCCACUCCGCACGAGAAGAGAAGGCUCGAGCAGCUCCACCGCAUCAGCGCGUACGAAAUGCCGCUUUUGGCCAAGUACCGCCAGCCGUACACGCCGCAGCCGGCCGCCCAAACACCGCUCAAGCUCAAGUUCACCACGGACUUCUCGGACGAGUCGACGGCAGUCAACAGAUCCGUGGCACUCUCCGUCAAACUCCAGCAUUUGGGUCUCACGGACCGCCAAGCCACGAAGUUCAAGCUCUUGGCCGGCGACAAAUUCGACCACCGCUCAAACACGUUCCGGCUUUCUACGGACCGGUACCCCGAGUCCACGCAGAACGCGCGGUGGUUGGUGGAGACCUUCAACCGGUUGCUCCGCGAAUCGAAGGACCUCACCAAGAAUACGUUCGACGAGGUUCCGCUCAACAAUGUGCGCCAAAGCGCCCGCCGCAAGGCCGCGGUUUUCCCUGAGCUGUGGAAGAGGCCUCAGGACGCGCCGGUGCAAAAACACCGGAUUGUGAAGGAGUGUGUUGAUGCCGUGAAGCAGCGCAUGGAUGCCGAGUACGUGAAGAGCUUGUCGCCGUAG